AAUAGCUCGAGAAAUUGCUCAAAUGUUGGCUGCGAAGGAAGAAUAUGUACGCAUCUCAAGGACUUUCCUUCGUGAAUUCGUACGAUCACUUCUUCGCGUGGAUUUCGACUUCGCCCUCUUUUCCUCGCAUCUCUUCAGUGCGGUCGUUGAAGAUUUUUCACCUGCCACAGCUCCGGUAUUUCUAUUCAAAUCACUGAUUGAUUUAUGCGUGAUGCUACCAUUUCUGGCAAUUACACCAACGGUUCGUGAAGGGGCACAGCAACGACGCAGUGCAAAUGGUAAUUUAACGCAGGCUCAUAUCGAUGCACUGCAAAAGUUCGUUCAUUUUCGUUUCAUACAAAUUUAUAUUUUACGUUAA